GUUCUGUGGUGGCAUCAUAGCUUCGGUGCUACUUAUUAGCUAGCUGUUGAACUGCUUUUCCCAUCCACCACAAUUGACACUAUUCCCAUCCCUUCUGUACCUCUCUCUUAAUUAAUCUACUAUAUAAUCAUCAUGUUCUCUCAGCGGUGCUCGCGACUGGUUGCGUCCAGAACAUCUAUCCCCUUGACUUCUUACCUUACCCGAGUUGCCCGGCCUUACUCUGCUGCUGCUCCAGCCUAUAAAAACAUCCUCACCUCAACCCCCAAACCUGGUGUUGGAUUGAGUAUGUCCCUUGAGGACCUUACUUUGAACCGCCCCAAAGCUCUCAAUGCACUCUCCAGCCCUCUUUUCAAGGAGCUGAAUGAAGCUCUGUCGAAAUAUGACGAAGACAAGAGCAUUGGAGCUAUCGUCAUCACAGGUAGCGAGAAGGCAUUUGCUGCCGGAGCCGACAUCAAAGAAAUGGCACCCUUGACUUUCGCUUCCGCAUACACCAACAACUUCAUCGCUCCCUGGUCCCACCUCGCCAACGCCAUCCGUAAGCCUGUCAUCGCCGCUGUUUCUGGUUACGCCCUGGGCGGUGGCUGCGAGCUAGCCCUCAUGUGCGACAUCAUUUACUGCUCCUCGAACGCUACAUUCGGUCAGCCUGAGAUCAAGCUGGGUGUUAUUCCCGGUGCAGGCGGUUCCCAGCGUCUCACCCAUGCCAUCGGCAAGAGCAGAGCGAUGGAAUUGAUUCUGACCGGUAAGAACUUCAGCGGCAAGGAGGCUGCGGAAUGGGGUGUUGCCUCCAAGGUUGUUGAUGGAGGCAGGGAUGAGCUUUUGGAAGAGGCUUUCAAGACCGCGGAGACGAUUGCGGGCUACAGCCGCGUUGCCGUGCUUGCUGGUAAGGAGGCUGUGAACAAGAGCCAGGAGCUCUCCCUUCGUGAGGGUGUUGAAUAUGAGAGGCGCUUGUUCCAUGGUCUGUUCGGAAGCAAGGAUCAGAAGAUUGGAAUGACUGCCUUUGCCGAGAAGAAGAAGCCCGAGUGGUCGCACGAGUAAGGGAAGAUCAUAUAAUACAACCGAUCUUGCAUAUAUAGAUCCGAUAAUGACCAAUUGAGAGCAUUGCUUUGACCUGAUGAAAGCCAG